AAGAACGACGGAAAAAAGAGGUCCAUCCAACAGAUGACGUGUUACAGCGGGUCCUUGCUUCUUCCGUGUAGGUGUAAAUAGUGUGCUGUCCUGUUAUACAAGUCAGUAAAAUGUCGAAAGUAACGUUUAAAAUCACGCUGACGUCGGACCCUCGGUUACCAUAUAAAGUAUUAAGUGUACCUGAGAGCACGCCGUUCACGGCAGUUUUGAAAUUUGCAGCAGAAGAGUUUAAAGUGCCAGCAGCCACCAGUGCCAUCAUUACAAAUGAUGGCAUCGGAAUCAACCCGGCGCAGACAGCAGGAAAUGUGUUCCUGAAACAUGGCUCGGAGCUACGAAUCAUUCCCAGAGAUCGGGUUGGAGGAUGUCACCAGGCCAGGAUGUGACUAUCCGGUGCUUUUCUGUCAGACGAUGAACAUGCUUAUUUAUUGUCCAGCCCUGAGGUGUCCACUCUCAGCUGCGCUAACUGCGACUGCUGCGGCUCCAAAUCUGUCAGAGGACCUCACAAAUCUCACAGCCACCUUCUCAAAGAUACACACUUGCAGGAUGUUGUCAAUUUGUUGUGCCCCAGUCCACUAGAUCUUCUGAUCUUUCACAAAAUAUUCCAGCUCUGUUUAAGAUCGCAUACAUCUUUUGUUCACUAUGCAUAUUUUUACAUGUCUUAAAUGCAUAAUGUCUACUUCAAGUCCAAUUAAAUGUUUAAAUACUGUUAAAAAUAUGAUUCCCAUUUUCCAUUUUAAGAAGACAAGGCAAAUGAGUCAUCAUAUUUUGUCUUUUUUUCUUUACAUUUCAUGUGAGUUUGAUUAAUGGUUGUUUUGAGCUCUGUUAUAUAGCUUUUAUUGCAGGCAGAAAAUGACAAUGUCAAUGUAAUGAAACUCCUGCAGCUGUGUAGCUAAAAAAAACUAUACAACAGUAUGAUUCAAGAAGCUGUAAAUAAAAUAAUAAAACACACAUUUCAUAAUAUGCUUACUAUGUCAAAAUAAUAAUAAUAAUUAGUUGAAAAGAAAUUUUAUGAAAUGUUACAUAAACCAAUUUUACACCUAAAAGUCGCUUUUUGUAACUUUCCUGGUCACUCAAGUUAGUGUGCCUUUUCACAUUAAGGCUUAAAAUCAUGGUUUGUCUUGAAUAGUACAUCAGGCUAAUGAAUGACGGGCUCUACAUUGCUUUUACAUCCUCCACUUACCCUCCUCUUACAUUACUGCCAGGCAGAAAUGGAGGAGGAAAAGGAGGUUCUGACUAUUCAGUGUCAUAAAUGGAUCUUUCAUUUGUUUUAAUAGAAGAGCAGGCAUGCUGUGCCCUUUCUAUGCUACUCAUUACUGGGGAAAGGGGAGAAGUGCAUUAUAAAUACAGCAAGGCCUACAUUACUCAGAUACUGACAUGUUACUCUGGAUCACAUUAGAAAAGGCAUUGCUCGCCUCCAGCCUCAUUUGGCAGGAAAUGAUGUGGUUUGUUCAUUAGCUGUGGAAGAAAUUGUGAAAGAACUUGCCAGUGUGACAAAUGUUACAUUUACACUUGUAGUAUUCUUCUUGUCUUAAACAUUAAAUCAUUAAAUACCAAACUGUA